GGCAUUUAGAUUUUUGGGACUUCCGGUCUGAUUCGUUCUUUCGAUUUACAAACGCGUUUUGAAAAUACAAAAACACAAGAUGCUUCCUUUAUCAUUGUUGAGGACAGCAGUUAACCAUCCAAUGCUUGUUGAAUUGAAAAAUGGUGAAACCUACAAUGGUCAUCUUGUCAACUGUGACAACUGGAUGAAUAUCAACUUGAGAGAAGUCAUCUGUACCUCGAGGGAUGGUGAUCGGUUUUGGAGGAUGCCAGAGUGUUAUAUUCGCGGCAGCACCAUUAAAUAUUUACGAAUUCCUGAUGAGGUGAUCGACAUGGUUAAAGAAGAGGCUAUUCAGAAGAACAAGGGUCGAGGCGACACACGUGGGCGUGGUGGGGGAGGACAGAGAGGCAGGGGAAGAGGAGCGUUUCAAGGUGGAGGUCGCGGAGGUCGUGGCGGACCUGGUGGUGGUAGGGGAGGACAGAAGCCAGGAAAAGGACGGGGCAACUAAGUCAACACAACGCUGUUUGAAAACACAGAUUAAAGCCACCAUGUGCCAUUGGAAACUGUGGUCAGGGAAAUAUGCUGAACAUGAAAGUCGGUGCACAACUACAUAUGAAAGACGGACCGAUUGCAUACUGAUUGACUUCAAAAGCAAAAUGACUGGAGUCCUUGUUUUCUGCUUAUAAAAUUUUAAAGUGC